ACAGUCACCACCACCACCACCACCACUACUACUACUACUACUACUGUUCACUACCCCCACCACCUCUCAUCACCACUCCAUCACCACUCCGCCACCGCCAUGGACCCCGCCAAGCUCCUCCAGAUCAUCACCAACAGCACCUGGAUGGUGACCCAGCUGGCGGGGGUGGCGGUGGAGGGCGGCGGCGGCGGCGUGGAGCUGGGUCGGCGCCAGUAUCUGCGGGAGGUGCGGGAGGACCAAGAGCCCGGCGUGCUGCUGACGGUGACGGCGAGGGUGCUGCAGGAAGGCCCGAGUGUCACCUUCCGCGUGGUGGAGGGGGGCGAGGAGGGGCUCUUCUCCCUCCACCCCUCCAGCGGCCGCCUCUCCCUCCUCAAGAACCUGGACUACGAGAGCAAGCAAAAGCACGAGCUUGUGGUGGAAGCCGCGGCGGGUCAUCACCGCAGCCGGGCCGGCGUGGCGCUGCUGGUGCGGGACGUGAACGAGUACCCGCCGGUGUUCCCGCGCGGCCUGCACCAGACGCAGAUCACCGAGGAGGACGACAGCGGCCUGCCCAAGACCAUACUCACGGUACGGGCGAAGGAUGGGGAUGCUGGGGAGUGGGGGAGAGUACGGUACACGCUCUCUGGGGAUGGCGUAACUUCCCCCUCCUCCUCCCCCUCUUCCUCCUCCUCUUCCUCCCCCUCCUCCGCAUCCUCGAGUCCAAGCUUCUCCAUCCAUCCUACAUCAGGUGACAUCUAUCUCCUGAAGCCGCUGGACCGGGACCCGCCCCACGGCCGCCCCCAGUGGCGCCUGCGCGUGGUGGCCACGGACGGGGAGCUGAGCGCCGCCACGCACGUGCAUGUCAACCUCAAGGACGUCAACGACAACGCGCCGUACUUCCCCACGCCGCGCCUGGCCGUGGCCGUGCCCGAGGACGCGCCCAGGGGCGCCUCCGUGGCCCAGGUGCUGGCGCGGGACAACGACGACCCUCGGGAGGGCGGCCACGCGCGGCUCACCUACUCGCUGCUCAAGAACGUGGUGGACGAGGCCAGCGGGCGGCAGCUGUUCGCCGUAGACGGCCGCACGGGGCUCGUCACCACGGCGCUCUGCUGCCUCGACAGGGAGCGGGCGGCGCGAUACACGCUCACGGUGGCGGCGACGGACGGCGGGGGGCUGAAGGCCACGGGCACGGUGCUGGUGGAGGUCACGGACGUUAACGACACGCCGCCGAGGUUCGCGCGUCGCUCCUGGCAACUCCACGUGCGCGAGAACCAGCCGAGGGACGCACCGCUGGCCAGCCUGCCCGUGACAGACCGCGACACCCACACCACGUUGGCCUUCGCGGCCAUGAACGGCUUCCUCAUCCGUUUCUACAUGAGGUGA